AUGGUUGUCGCAUCUGCUGUUCUGGCGCUGGCGUUGCUUGGCAAUGGCGCUCGUGCCGCCUUCGGUCUCACAACCACGAGUAGUGGAUAUAAGGUUGAUACGAAUGGUGGCUUGGUAUUUGAAGUCAAUAAAUCAAACGGAGACGUGACGAGCUUGUUGUUCAACGGUGUGGAGUAUCAAGGAAGCAGCAAGGCAUCUGGAAUCAACUCUGGUCUCGGGACGUCCUCAGUGUCCGCAGAAACUAUCGGCAGCAAGUACAUCAGGAUCACCGCCAAAUCGAAUUCGCUACCGGUGACCCAGUACUAUGUUGCUAAACCAGACGAUGCGACCAUUUACAUGGCGACUUAUAUUACCGGGGAGGUUGAUCCGGGCGAGCUUCGAUGGCUUGCCCGCCUGCGUCAGGGAAGCUUGCCUACAGGUGUGCACGGGGACGUCGGAAACAAUAUCGGUUGCACCGCGUUCGAAGGCAAAGAUACAUUCAAAUGUUCGAACGGACAGACGCGAUGCAAGAUGUACACGUCGGAUCGGUUCAUCGACGACCAGAUUCACGGCGUAGUCGGUUCGAAUGCUGCCGUUUGGAUGAUCAUGCCUGGGACGGCAUACGAAACCUCGUCCGGCGGACCGUUCAUGCGCGACAUCAACAGCCAGACUGGUAGCGACCAAGAACUUUACUGGUACAUGAAUAGCGGUCAUGUUCGAACCGAGGCGUGGCGCUUCGGGCUGAUGGGACCAUAUGCGAUGAAAUUCACCAAGGGAGAUACGCCUUCUGCGAAUCUAGACACGUCCUUCUUCGCGGAUCUCGACAUUCAAGGUUACGUUCCGGCAAGCCAGCGCGGCUCCGUUUCCGGCUCGGCCUCCGGGGUCCCGAGUAAUUUCGAAGCGGUUGUUCAUUGGUAUAACGACAAAUCUCAGUAUUGGGCCAAAGCUUCCGGUGGCAAGUUUAAAUCCCCUCUGAUGAAACCUGGAACGUAUACCAUGAAGCUAUAUAAAGGUGAGUACGAGGUAGCCAAGGAUACGGUGACCGUUACAGCUGGCAAAGACGCGACCAAGAACAUCGCAUCUGCGGAACCGAGCACGUCGGUGGUUUGGCGUAUCGGGGAAUUUGAUGGCCGACCGCAAGAGUUGAAAAACGGGGAUAAGAUCGAGCGUAUGCAUCCGAGUGAUGUUCGGAUGGGCUCUUGGGGAGGUACUUUUACUGUCGGUAAAUCGUCCGCUAGCGACUUUCCCAUGGCCCUCUUCUCCAAGAGUGGCGGCACGGCCAAGGUGAAUUUCGACCUCACCGCCGACCAGGUCCGGGACCUUGUAUUGAGGGUGGGAACGACACUCUCGUUUAAAGGAGGACGCCCGUCUGUGGCGAUUGGUAGCUGGACUGGAAAGGAUCCUGGAGCUCCGAAACUCAUCGACUCGAGGGGAGUAACUCGCGGAGCCUACCGAGGAUACGGAGAAGUCUACAGUUGGACCGUCCCGGCGAGCGCGUUGAAGAGCGGGCAAAAUACGUUGACGAUUGGUGUUUAUGGUACCGGUGACCAAGAUUUCCUGAGUGCGAAUUAUAUUGUGGAUGCGAUCGAGCUCCAGGGACCGGCGGGGACCAGCGGCUAA